AUGUUCAUGAUACUCAAACGCUACAGUUUUAUCCCACUAAAACAUCUUCUCUUUGAACCAAAUCCAAAAUCCAAACUUUUUCAAUUUCACUUCUUGCAAUUCUCCUCCUCUUCUGAUCAGUCAUGGCUGUCCAUACCUGGUAAGCCCUUGAUCAAGUGGCCCCAAGAAAUACUCACUCCACCAGCCACACAACUAGCCCAGGUUCCUGACUCAGGCACCAAGGUUUCUGAGAAUGAGUUCCUCACUGUUUCUGAGCUCUUCACUAACCCUGACAUUUCCUCUGGUCCUUCCCUCCAUGCUGCAUUGGACAAGACAGGGAUCAAGCUCGAUUCGAGUUUGUUUCAAGCUGUGUUCGAACAUUUCGAUUCGUCCCCUAAGUUGUUGUACUCACUGUUUCUUUGGGCGAUGAAGCAACCUGCGUUUCAACCCUCUGCUGCGAUCUUUAACUCGAUUGUCAAUGUGCUUGCGAAAUCAAGGGAGUUUGACUCAGCCUGGUCUUUGAUUCUUGAUCAAAUCGAGAAAAAGGACGAACUCACUUUAGUUACUGAAGAUACAUUUGUCAUCAUGAUCAGGCGGUAUGCUCGUGCAGGUAUGCAUGAAUCUGCAAUUCGAGCUUUUGAAUUCGCGAUUACAAUUGUUGAUUCAAGUUCAGAGAUGAGUUUGUUUGAGAUUGUGUUGGAUUCUCUUUGUAAAGAAGGGCAUGUUAGAGAAGCUUCAAGUUAUUUUGAUAGGAAAAAGAAGUUGGACUCGAGUUGGAUUCCAUCCAUUCGAGUUUACAACAUACUAUUGAAUGGUUGGUUCAGAAUGAGGAAGCUCAAACACGCUGAGCGGCUCUGGAUGGAGAUGAAAAAGGAGAAUGUGAGGCCUACUGUUGUAACAUAUGGUACAUUGGUGGAAGGUUACUGUCGAAUGCGUCGGUCUGAAAGGGCAAUUGAGCUACUAAGUGAGAUGAAAACAGAAGGAAUUAAGCCUAAUGCUAUAGUUUAUAAUCCAAUAAUCGACGCUCUUGGGGAAGCCGGGAUGUUCAAGGAGGCAUUGGGGAUGAUGGAACGAUUUUCGGUUCUAGAAUCAGGACCAACUCUCUCAACAUACAAUUCUCUAGUGAAGGGUUUUUGCAAAGCAGGAGAUCUUGUUGGGGCAAGUAAGAUUCUUAAGAUGAUGAUUGGUAGGGGAUUUGUACCAACACCAACAACUUAUAACUAUUUCUUUAAGUACUUUUCGAAGUUGGGAAAGAUUGAGGAAGCUAUGAACUUGUAUACGAAGAUGAUCGAAUCGGGAUAUUCUCCCGAUCGACUCACAUAUCAUCUGUUGUUGAAGAUGUUGUGUGAAGAUGGGAAGCUUGAAUUGGCAGUUCAAGUAAUCCAUGAAAUGAGAUGCAGGGGAUUUGAUAUGGACUUAGCUACAAGCACAAUGCUGAUUCAUUUGUUCUGUGAUUUGCAAAAAUUCGAAGAGGCGAGUUUGGAAUUCGAGAAUAUGAUCAGAAGAGGCAUAGUUCCUCAGUAUCUUACUUUCCAGAGAUUGAAUGAUGAAUUAAAGAAACGCGAAAUGACUGAGAUGGCACGAAAAGUGCGUGGUCUGAUGUCGUCUGUUCCUCAUUCUAUGAAAUUGCCGGAUACUUACAAGAAAGACGGCGAUGAAUCUCGUUCGCGGAGAUCCUCUAUUAUUCGAAAAGCUGAAGCAAUGUCAGCUAUAUUGAAAACUUGUAAUGAUCCUAGAGAAUUAGUUAAGUAUAGAGGUUCAUCUGAAAAUGUUGUUGGAAAGGCGAAUCGGUUGAUAGAGAACAUUAAGAAGAAAGUAUAAGAACAACAACUGGACAAGUUUGAGAAUCAUGAGGUUUACACUUGUUUGAUGUGUCUGUUAAAGUUUAUCUAGUCAUUGUUAUCUCAUGUUUUAAUCAAUUUUUACUUUGAAAGAACCAACAUUUGAUGCUUCA